AUGUUGAACCACUCGCUUUAUCCUGAAAACUAUCGACAGAUAGGUGAAAGUUUCGUUAUGGAGUACUACGAUACUAUGCAGCGAGAUAGAAGCUCUCUCAAACUUUUUUAUCACAGCCAAGCAAGGAUGACAUAUGAAGGUGAUGUGUUAGUAGGUCAAGAUAAAAUUGGUGAGAAGUUUCUUUCUCUUCCUGCUAAUAAAAUUCAGGUGGGUAUAACUAGUGUUGAUGUUCAUCCGAAUGAAAAUUCUGUUCUUAUCUUUGUCUGUGGACAAGUUCAGUGUGAUGAAGAUCAGGUACUACCAUUUUGCGAAGUGUUUUUCCUUCGCAAAUUCAACAAUUGUUUCCUCAUCACCGAUUCUAUGUUUCGUUUGGGUUUGCAUAAUUUCUAACAUGUAUUCAACUAUCCUAAUACUUGUUAUAUUUGCAUGUGCUUGUUUAUCUUGUUAGUCUAUCAUCGGUGCCCUAUUGCAACAGAAAAUUGAUCUCGUGGAUAAACUAUGUUGCAAGCAUAUAUUUAUUGUACUAUGAUGUUUGUAAACAAUAACUUUCUAUCUACUACUUCUUAUUAUUUAUGUCGUACAAACUUACUCGAAUACAGAAACACGUGAGAUUAGAUUUUCAGUCGGUCAGCUUUUGCUUCAGUUGGUCCAAAUUUUACUACUAUGUGCUUUUCAUCACAGCAGCAAAAGCAAGUUGACCACAAGUAAAUGCGCUGGUCUUACCAUGUUCGUGUUUUCUCGGUGGAUCUUAGUAGCUUUAGCAUUGUAUUUAAUUCGAAUGUUGGAAUAGUCUAUUGUUUCAGAAGUGAUGAGUCAUCAAAUAAUAUCACUUCGCAAUAGCUCGGAUAAUAUUAUGACUGAAGUUCAAAAUACCUGACUUACUAAUGUUAAUUCAUACUUUCGCAGGACAGCCAAUGCCCUUUAUAUUUACAUCAAGUGAAUCGGACUUGACAUUGAUCUAUUCACGGUGAAAUGAAUGAGCAUAUUAGCGUGGAGAUCCUAUGAGUUGUUAUACACCCGGCCUUCAUGAGGUUAUAUGCAAGCAUUAGUGGUAACUUCGGCUCAAAACAUUGGGAAACGCUGAUAGGUCUUUCAUAACUAACGAUUCGUUUGAAAUACUUUUCAGGGAAAAAACAUUGAGCUUCAAUCACCAAAAGUCGAGAUCAGCUGUAUACAUAUUUUAGUGGUUAUUAAACCUCGAUUGUUAAUGAAGUUUAAUAAGCUUUGUCUUGGGAUUAAUACUAUGCAUCCAGUUCUAAACAUUCGGAUGCAGUACGAAAGAGUUCUGAUUCCAGUGAGCAAGGCAAUUUGAAGAUUACUAAGAAAAAUAAUUAGCCAACAGAUUUCCACCAUAUAUGUUCGAUCGGUACUGAACCCAAAAGUUCCAUGUGAUAUUUGGUUCUGAUAAGCAAAUGCAUUUUGUUUCCAUAUGUCAAAAAUUAUGAGAACUUAGUCUAAUGUUCCUUAAAAACCUGGACAGUACAUUUUUCAAAACUACUAAUUCUUUGCCAGGGCUAUCUCCGAACGCCUAGCGAACUGUGUAUUGAAAGUGGAUAUCAGAUAUCUGGCAUCUCACUCACUUCGAUUUACAAAAGUCAAGAAAGUCCUACUCACUGCCUUCUCGUGGCAGGGGUGUUGUCUGCUUAGUUGAGAGAACGAAAAGCGAAUGUCCGGUUCAUUAACCGGGUUGGUGGGUACGGAGGACCCACCUAGGGGCCUGGAAAACCCUAAUUCCAGAUCAAUGAUGCACAUGGUUCCAGUACUCCGAUGGGACAAGUUGAGUAUGAACCUUUUGUUGGCCACCGACUACUAUGGGGCUGUAUUUCCUGACGUCGCUCCACUGUCUUGUGGAUCAGACCUUUUGGUCAAAGACUCGGGUCGAGCCCCCCUAAGAAAAUUAGCUGUCUCUGUUCGGAUACCCGGGCGGUAUCUCAGUCCGCACACAAAUUAAUAACAAUUAAAAGUAAACGUACCGUCUGAAUGAAUUCUGGUUGUAUUUUUACUAACCAAACUGCUUCCCUCACUAUUAUUAGUGGUAGUAUUUUGUUCAUGCACUAAUUUCUGUUUGUUGUUUUUAUUAUACGCACUUUAUAUUAUUUAUCUCUUCACAACCUCAUUGUUAUCGUGUGGUGCGUAUGUAUUUAGUGCCCCUUUGUACCAAUGUUUGUGUUCAAAUAUUUAAAUAAUUGUUGAUGGAGAUAAGUGUUUUUUCAAACAUCUUUUUCAAUAUUUUUAUUUUUUAUAUAUCCACUUAUUAUUUAGUUAGUGUUGCCCUACAUACACCAUUAUGUUAUGUAAUAACAUUAUUGUAGUUUGUGAACUUACAGCAUUUAAAUAUACGUCAGUCUCAUCCCAAUGCUUGCUGUUGUUUGUAUGUAUUCGGUUCCAAAAUCCAUCUUAGUUUUAUGAAAAAACACACGUAUGUCUUGUCCUGUUUAACUCAGUCAUAGUACACACUUCCUAGUAUCUGUCCGACCAUCCGUACAUAGCAAGUGUAAUGAUUUGCUGCCAACGGUCGCAUAAGCAUAGACACAUAGUUUACCUUAUAUUAUACUCGUCCAGGCGAGUGUAAGCUUUCCGUGAUUUUGGCAAGACGAGUAAUUCACUGGAGAUAACUCCGUCUCGUACAUUGUCUUCUGAGCAGGAUUUGAUAUCGGGGUCGCCUAGUGUAUAAAACGUUCUUGUCUAUCCUUCAUAACUAGUAACUAAAUGUUUUAUGGCUGAUAUAAAUUGUCCGAAUGUUAUGAGUUCGUUUUUGGUAGCGUUUGUCUUGUAAGGAAUCCACCCGCAUGAAACUGUUCUCAACAAUACUAUGUUGCUGUCUUUUAAUGAGUCAUAUUAUUUGAAACUAGUAUCUAAAUAAACCCGAUUAAAUAUUUGCAUGAGUAUCGUGUGUAUUUUUACUGAAAAUUUACUAGCCUUCAACCUCAAACCGCUUUUGAGAAGAUAUACUACUUCGUCAGUAACAAUGAUGAGGACGUUUGGAACACACUACCAGCCUCAAUAACUGUAGUUUAAGUAGAUUUUCUCCUCAUUUGUAUUUGACUUUUACCUUAGAUAUCCGACGCCAUGACGUUCCACUUUUUGCAAUAUCAACAAUCUUGGCACUACCAGAACGCUCUGCAUAUUGUAUCCAUGCUGGGCAAAUACUUGACCACUGUCGUAUAAAAUUCAAUGUAGCGCUUGUAGGCUAUAAACCACCAUCAACUUUAUCAUUUCCCAUCUUAAUACUAAUCUGUAUAUCACAGUUAAACCAAGAAUAAUUGAUCAUAGGUUUGAGAGCACUGACUUCGGUAAACUGUGAUACAGAUAAGAUGUUGAUUUAUGUAUCAAGGGAUGGAUGCAUUGUUCAAGGUCUAAUCAGUGAAGUUCCGUGCGCAACCCCCCUUAGGUUAAUAUAAAGUGUUUGUUAUUAGCAAGUCUUAUUGUUAUUAAGUCUUACCUAAUGAUCGAGCAUGUGGGUUUGAUUACUCAUAAAUUAUAUUAACACUUAAAAUAAAUUUGAUAAUGCAUCCGUCUGAAGUAUGGUAUUGAAUUAAGUCGUUUGUUAAUUUAGUGCAUACUUGAUAAUUUAUCAUCAAAGUUACAGAAUAUUAAUACCAGUAGAUACGGUUUACAAGGAAAAGUAACCAUUUUAAUCCGGUUUACUCAUCAUUUUGCUUUGCUUUUUCUGUUUUGGUAAUAUGGAAAUAGUUAAUACGAUGAAUUGAAUAGAAAAGAUGGCUACUUCCAACCACUAAAUCAUGCAGGGCCUGUUAUAUGAUAGAUUCAAACCAUUUGUCGGGAUCCAGACACCCAUCAAUAAUAUAUUUUAGGAAGUCAUCAUAGAUUUUCAAGUCAUCUCCGUGUAAAUUAAAAUCAAAAGGAUGUUUGAGAAUUUCAUCAUAAGUUUUAAAAUGAUUCAUAGUAGUCCGCAAACCAACACCAUCCAUUUGUCGACGUUUUUUAUAGUCAGUACCUGCAUUAAUUCUUUGAGAAUAAAUUAGUAUUGUAAUUAGUGUAAUUAGUAUUGAGUUGUUCAUAUUUCUUUUGAAAUAAAGAUCCCAAAUUUAUAGUGUAUAUUUGAUACGUCUGAUAAGGAUUUAACAAUGAGUUAUUAGUAGUGCUUCAUCAUACAUAUAUUUAUAAUGUUAGCAUAAUAGUGAGGUUGUUUGUCUUAUGCACUUUGACUUUUUAACUUGUAUGAAUACGUUGUUUUUGCUCUACUUAUGCACUUAAUAUGGAUUGUAGUUGAGUACAAUAACUCGUUUAGCAAUGCACUAAAUACUCUUAAUACGUAAAAUUGCAAAAAACUAAUUCUGAUCAAAACAUCUUUGUAGAUCGGAUGUAUUGAUUUUAUUAUUAAUGUAACAACUAGUAUUCCUGUCAUACUAUAAAUUUGUCCUUUAUACUUGAGCUCAUGAACUGCCUUGACUGCUUGAUAUAUGUAUCUAAAUAUUACUGUAUAUUGAAUUUAAGCCUGAUCUAACUAACAACAAUACUGUUAUAAUUUACACUGGGUAUUUUAAGCAUUUUAAAGUUGCCGUAGUUAUGUGGUUACGGAUUGAAGUUUAAAAGUUGUUACAUGUUAACUCUGUAUUUCAAAUAUAUGGAUCCAGAUAU